UCUGUGCAGCUCCCGUGGCAGAGAGCAGUGUCUCAGAAUAAGGUUCCAUACUACAUCAAGUGAGUUCUACUGUACUGACUGGUAACAUGCUGCUUAUGUAUGCUAGACGAAUCACUUUCUUUAUGCUUAUUUUAUGGUAACUAUUUGCAUAACAGUGGUUGAAAGGGCUGUGUGUGUGUUUUUAUAUACGCAUGUGCGGUUGGUUUUACUUGUGUGUGUGUGUAUGGGUGUGCGUGAUUCUAUUCAUACUCAGUCUUUCCAGUGGAAAGGUUUCUUUCAAAGGUUGGAUUCAGUUCUUGGAAGUUUCCACUGUUGUAAUAUUGCAUUUUAGGUGUCAUGUCAACUGUUGCUCAUUCAUUUAGCUAGAUAUUCAUGGACUCCAUUAUGGUAGGUCCAUAGCAGAGGUUUUGCAGCUUAAGAUAGGUAUCACAUUGCCCAUUGUAAUACAUUCACAGUCAAGCUAAGCAGCAGACAAUGUGUCCAUUUAAAAGGCAGAGGGGGAGAGAUAGGUUUGUGCUGAUAGCCACUCAAGAUGGCUUUGAGAGAGAGAGAGAGAGAGAGAGAGAGAGAGAGAGAGAGAGAGAGAGAGAGAGAGAGAGACGAGAGAUAUAUGAGCUAUAUGAUCUCUCUCUCUCUCGCUGCUAUCUCUCUCUCUUCUCUCUCUCUCUCGCUCUCUCUCUCUCUCUCUGUCUCUCUGCUCUCUCGCUUCUCUCUCUCGCUCUCUCUCUCUCUCUCUCCUCGCUCUCCUCGUCUCUCUUUUUUGCUCUCUCUUUUUCUGCGUUGUUUUAUCCUCCUUCUCUUUUCUGUGGCUUUUUUUUAUGGUAGAUAGUGUGGUGAAAGCGAGAUGGAUGAGAGAGCUACUGAGUGAGAGAGGGAGACGUCCCUGUGAACAGCUGAAGUUUGUUUACCCCAGGAGCUUUGCACUGGAAGGGAUCAGAGAUGAAAGGGUGAGAGAGGCUGGGAGGAGAGAAGAGGACAGGUUUAGAACUCUGGAAUCAACAACAGCUGUCUGUGAUCACAGGUGUUGGCCCUCCUCUAGUGGCUGCCCAUUGAACUCCGGGCCUUCCCCCCCACACACACACACACACACACACACACACACACACACACACACACACACACACACAUGCAUGCCAUACACGCCAUAUGUCCCUUCCUUGCCUCUGUAUUACGUAGCACAGCAACUCCACCACAGGUUUAGUUGAGCCCCACUCACAUUCAUCCUGAAUGACCCUUUAAGAAGGGAAGAAAGAAAGGGAAAUCAGCCUAUUGAAAGCCUCCCUCCAUCUCCAACACUGUGAGGCUUUCAUCUCAUUCAAAUGGAGCCACCGCCGGGAGCUACAAUACUGAGCUAUUUGCACUAUUGUGAUUAAAAAAUCUCUCAAAUCUCUAUGACUGCCCUCCCUGACCACUCUGAGGGAAUUCAAAACUUUGCCACAGCCUUCACAGGGCUAAUCGUAGGUCACUUACAGUGCAGUGACAUUACUGUGACUCCAACAUCAGGCUUUGACACAUUCAUUAGGCUCUGCCCCCCCCAACCCCCCCCCCCCCCACUCGCCUCUCUCUCUAGCUCAUCCUAUUUCCGUCCGCCCGACCGCACAAAGGCCUCUGUGCUACCCCCCCUUCCAUGGGAACAGGGACACACUGGUGAAUCAAACGGCUAGACACAGAAGCCUCGCCACCCGCUGCUCUCCACCCCAGUUGACCCCCAGCUGACCUCUAGCAUUUAAGUGGGAUCAGAUGUCUAGAACGCUGUCAGGGUGAGAAAUUGGACUGCCACUCUCUUCUGCCAACAUAAGAGCUAGCUUGAAGCUUCCCAUCAAACUCUGUGGUGUGUGUGGGGGGGGGGGGGGGGGUUCAGUUGUGGCUCAGCUUGCAACGCCAGGGUUGUGGGUUAGAUUCCCACGGGGGACCAGUAAGAAAAUGUAUGCACUCACUACUGUGAGUCGCUCUGGAUAAGAGUGUCUGCUAAAUGACUAAAAUGUAACAAAAAAAAAAUGGUUGGGUGGGUUUGUGUGUGUGUGCUCGUGCCUCUGUGCCCGUCAGGAUGUCUUUGUUGUGUUUGCGGCCGCAUUGACUCAUCAAAUUACUUUAAUUAAGUUGCUACAAUUCAAAGGGUUGAAACGUCUCUCAAAUGCAGAGUAGAAGAGGAGAGAAAAAAUGAUAAUAAAGUUUUGAGGGGAAGAACACUGUCACGGAAGAGGCAGGAAAAGUGUCUCUGAGUCGCAGAUAUUUCCCUAAUUCUAUUUCCCUUAUAUUUUAAAAUGUAAUCAGUCAUCGACUGCUCAUGAUUAUUCAUGAACGUGUCCUGCAUGACAGAGACAUAGUCCACCUCAGGAAAAAAUAUGCUGCUAUCCAUCCACACUGACUUGCGUGUCUAUGUCUCUGUGACUCUGUCUCUGGGAGUUGAUGAAGCGUCACUUCCCCAAGCAUAGCUCAGUGUUUUGCCUAGCUUUCCAUAAACUGACACUCACUGCCUACACCUUUCAUUCCAAUUUUUGGGUUGACUGCCCUGGAUGUUGGGUUUUUGGGCAUUUACAUUUGCAUUGCAUCCCAUUUUUAUAUACUGUAUACAUACAGUGCAUUCGGAAAGUAUUCAGACUCCUUCCCUUUUUCCACAUGUUGUUACGUUGCAGCCUUAUUCUAAAAUGGAUUAAAUAAAAAAAUGUCCUCAUCAAUCUACACACAAUACCCUAUAAUGACAAAGCGAAAACAGUUUUGUAGAAAUGUUCGCAAAUUUAUAAAAAAUUAAAAACUGAAAUACCUUAUUUAUAUAAGUAUUCAGACCCUUUGCUAUGAGACUUGAAAUUGAGCUAGGGGCAUCCUGUUUCCAUUGAACUUCAUUGUAGUCCACCUGUGGUAAAUUCAAUUGAUUGGACAUGAUUUGGAAAGGCACACACCUGUCUAUAUAAGGUCCCACAGUUGCAUGUCAGAGCAAAAACCAAGCCAUGAGGUCGAAGGAAUUGUCCGUAGAGCUCCGAGACAGGAUUUUGUCGAGGCACAGAUCUGGGGAUGGGUACCAAAAAAUGUCUGCAGCAUUGAAGGUCCCCAAGAACACAAUGGCCUCCAUCAUUCUUAGAUGGAAGAAGUUUAUAACCACCAAGACUCUUCCUAGAGCUGGCCGCCCAGCCAAGCAAUCGGGGGAGAAGGGCCUUGGUCAGGGAGGUGAACAAGAACCCGAUGGUCGCUCUGACAGAGCUGCAGAGUUCCUCUGUGGAGAUGGGAGAACCUUCCAGAAGGACAACCAUCUCUGCAGCACUCCACCAAUCAGGCCUUUAUGGUAGAGUGGCCAGACGUAAGCCACUCCUCAGUAAAGGGCACAUGACAGCCUGCUUGGAGUUUGCCAAAAGGCACCUAAAGGACUCUCAGACCAUGAGAAACAAGAUUUAACUCUUUGGCCUCAAUGCCAAGCGUCAUGUCUGGAGGAAACCUGGCACCAUCCCUACGGUGAAGCAAGUUGGUUAAUGUCAAUUCAACAUAAUGUUCAGAAACGAUACAUCAGUACACUGGCCUGCUGGGAUAAUCUAGUGCUGUGAAAAAAGAUGCAUCCUUUAUCUCCUGUAAUCAUCUGGUCUGGUUUGUGAUGAGGAGGAAGUAGCCAAGCCAAACAGGAAAUGCCAGGGGAAGUGGUCAUUAUGCAGAUUAUUCUAAACGCUGUAAUUAUGCUGCCUGUAUCCGAGGCAACCUGGAGCCAGGGAAAAGUAGAGUAGCAGAGUCCCCUCUGUCAUUCUAUUCACACCCGUAGAAUUAGGAAUGAGAAUUUCUAAUAAUUUAAUAUGAAUAAGAAUGUAGUAAUUUACUUCUCUGCUACAGCUUGGCCACAAGUUCUCAUAAACAUCACUUCAGAGUAGCUUAUUAGUUACAUAAAAUUCAGAAUUUCCUGGGUUUUAUGCAGUAUUCUAUCCCAGAGUCCCGUUUUAAUUAUGUUUACUCAGAGAUGUCAUUUAAUUAAGCAAUAAGGCACAAGAGGCAGUGCUGUAUCAUGAAUACAGUCACAGGUAAAUGGCCUUGUUCGGCCCGAUGCGAUAGCACAGAAAAAGUUGACUCGUCUCGUCUGGGCGCCGUUCACUCUAUAUAUGGUACUACAGAGAUCGGAGUUCUAAAGUUAUACAUUGUUUCCGAGGUCAGACAGGCAGAAGUCGAGGCUUAUAUUAACCCCCGCUGUACCAAACUAAAUGCUAGGCUGGAAGCAAGGGGAAAUAAUGCACGAGUUGAGAUAAAUAAAACGGAUGAUUCGGACAGUAACAUGAACAUGAUAUUCUUAUGGAGGCGCAGUAAUAAUUUUCAGAUGGAACUAUUAGCAGGCAUAGGUGUGUCUGUGAUGGCCAAAACAGCACCGCUUGGAACCCUGCUCGUCCAAUCAGCGUCCCUGAUCCAAACAACCAGUUUUAUAAUGAUGUUUACAGGGAAAUGUCAAGUACUGCAUCUAUUUAUGCUCAAACCGGAUUCAUCUCCAGGCUCACUGUGCUCUCUACAGUAUAUCACUCACUCACUCCCUGCUGAGGACAGGCUGUGGAGCUGCUCUCUGAGUCCCUGUCUGAGCUCUUUACCCAAAGCUCUUCUAAGCUCCAUCUUUGCACCAGAUAUUCCACAACAAUUAACUUCUAAUAGGCAUUCUAAGUAAAUGUAAUUGACUCGGAACCAUUGGUGCCAACAUGAAAAACCCUAAAUCUCAAACCGGGUUUGAGAAUGAAUGCAGUAUUCUAUAUGGCACUACCAAGCUACUUUGGUCCCCUCAGGCAGUAGCUUUAGAACAGUCAACCUAAACUCCUUGUUAAAGAAGAGGGACUUUGAUCUCUGUGUGGUUCUUCAAAUCAGAGAGAUUCUAUAACCCUGAGCUUGGUGCCAAACCAUCUCUUUCACGUUCUGGGACAUGAAUGUAUGUGUGAUCUUCAAGCCUUAACACACGUGUACAUGCAUCACAGCUCUGUCCUUGCAAUGGUUACCACAGGUAACCUUAAACUUGGGAGUUUCUGAGGAUAAAUUAGGAUGGACGACAGAGGGAGAAAGAAGGGAUGAUUGAGGAAAGAACCUGCCAACUCUGUGGGAUGUCUUCAUUAUGACAGGCCUAAGCUGCCGAUCCAGAUCCAGCGGUAGUAGUAGACAGCUAGUGUAAUCCAUUUGUUGAUUGAGCCUGUGUUUGUCAUUGCCAUUCUGCUGCUUUGCACUGAAAACAUAGUGGAAAGACUCCAGCGGGUUACCAAAUCACAGUCAACUCCUUGUGUUUCAUCUUUGGGGCUAAGGCUGGCUUCUCUUUGAUGUUCCUCCUACAGACUUAGUUGAAUGGCAACCGUUAUUGUGUUUACUCCGACUGCUGUUGGCACUGAUGGAUAGUCAUGUGCACGCUUGCAUAGCCUAGGUGUGUGUGUGUGUGUGUGUGUGUGUGUGUGUUUUUUCGUGCGUGUUUGUGCGUGUUCGUGCGUGCAUGCGCAUAUGUGCUUGGGUGUGUGUGUACACGCUUAUGCCACAACCGUGGCUAAAUCCUCAAGCUGUUCGAACAAGAGGAGAUAUGAAUUAAUUUCUGACGGCUUGGUGUCCAAAUCCUCACUGGCACACAAUAAUAUCCGGCCGGCCAUGAUUGAAUCGGCCCUUGUCUCAAAUAGCACAGCUAAAAAAAGAAACCCUGAGCUGGGCGCUCUAGUCAUAUUUGCAAUGCGCGGAAGGUGUGAAAGUGUCAGCCAUUUCAGAGCAUGAUGAAUAGGGAUGAACACAUGCUGAUGGCUUCUGUAGUCUCCCCUGUGUUCUACUGUCAGCACUUCACUUCACUGGAUAGCCUGUCUUCUCUCACGCUCUCUUUAUCUCUUUAUUUUCUCUCUCUCCCUUCCAUCUCUCUCUCUCUCUCUCUCUCUCCAACUCUCUAUCUCUCUCUCUGUGGAGACAGUCUCGCUAUGACAACCUAAUCACAGAGACACUGGCAUUCACAACAGAAUAGAUGUCAAAUUCUUACCCCACACCCAAACAUCCCAUUCCCUUGAUAUCAGUGUGGGUACAGGAAGGAAUAUUUCGCAGAAGCAGAGAAUCACUAAAAUAUAAAUCAGUUCCCUGAUCAGGUGAAGACGGGCAGUAGACAGACGGACACAAACCCCACACCUGAUGCUGUCUUCUGGAGUACUAAACUCAGCACGACGCUGCUUGAUCAGAUUCAAGUAAAAAAAAAAAAAAAUUUUAAUUUUAAAAUGUGGUUCUUGUUGAUUUGGGCUGUUUUGUCUGUGCGCUCCGCACCUGGCGGCAUUUCUCAGAAGCUGAAAUGUAAACAGGAUGGAGACGAGACAUCAACACGUCCCCCUCGUAGCUCCAGGGAGCCUGGCUGUGUGUGCUACGUACCGUACUGAGAGGAGGCCUGCGGAGAUGAGGGGUGUGUGUGUGUGUGUCCUUGUGCGUCACUCUGAAGGCCUCCUAGAUGAUUUGUAUGCUUUGGGAAUCACAAUCAGAUCCAAGUUUUGGAUUUGUAUACAUGUGCCUCUAUUAUUGAGCCGAUAAGAAAACCGGUAGACAAGGCAGAGCAAUUGAUCUGUCUGUCUGUCUGUCUCUGUGUGAGUGUGUAUGUGUGUGUGUGUGUGUGUCUGUCUGUGUCUGUGUGUGACAAAAGCCUUAUCGUUAUCCCCUGUUGUCUUCCAGCCACCAGACUCAGACUACCUGCUGGGACCAUCCAAAGAUGACAGAGCUCUACCAGUCACUUGGUAUGAAACAGACACACAGACAGACAGACAGACAGACACACAGACACACAGACACACAGACAGACAGACAGACAGACAGGCAGGCAGACAGACAGGCAGACAGACAGACAGACAGACAGACAGACAGACAGACAGACAGACAGACAGACAGACAGACAGACACACAGACAGACACACAGACACACAGACAGACUCCAGUCAUAUAAUCACAAAACAUUCACUUUCACUCAAAUAUGACACCACGCAGUAACUGCAAAGCUCACUCUCAUGCUCUCCUUCACACAGUAUCUUGCUGUCUCGCUUACACACACACACACACACACACUGACUGUAACAUCAAUUUUUAUGUAUGGGUCCCGUUGCGGUGGCGAGUGUGACUGUUCUUUAAUGAGCAGAUGGAUCAGUAAUAAGCUGUGGAACUCUGAGAACAUUUCCUAAAGGCCAACAUUCAACAAAUAUGACUCAGCUCCUCUGAGAGAGGUCUAACUAACCCAAUUACCAGCCAUUUCCAGCCCUCCCCGUGUGACUACAUAGAAAUUACACUACAGCACGUCUUUUCAACAGGUUUCCAGUUUGACAUCAUUAUUUCAUGUCAGACCGCAAUUAUCCAUUCUGUAUGAGUGAUUACAUCCCUCUGUUUUUCCUCUCUCUCUCUUUCUAUCUUUCUCUCUUUCCUUUUAGCCGACCUAAACAACGUGAGAUUUUCCGCUUACAGAACAGCCAUGAAGAGCCGUAGGCUACAGAAAGCACUGUGCUGUAAGUUUCCUUUUCCCUGCACGCACGCACACACACACACUGACACACACGCGUGUGUGUGUGUGCAACCAGGUAUGCGAUUGAGUUUGUGUGUACCUGUAUGCGUGUACAUAAUUUUGUUUUGUUGAGAUUCCACCUGUGCCGCUGUGUGUUUCAUCCCAAAAGGGAAUACAUUGUAUUCUACAAUAACCAGCUGGCUAAAGCUAUCAUUGUGUUAGUUAUUCCCUGUUGGCUGCUGACGGUUUGUGCAGAGAAAUUGUCACCUGUUCCUCUGGGUAUUACUAUACCUUGCUGCUGGUACUUAGCCAGGCUCUCUAUCAUAAUUACCCAGGUGUUACUUAAGCAGUAAUGCUGGUGGGGUGUGGUAUAUGGCCAAAAUACCAUGGAUAAGUUCUUAUAUACGACGCAACGCGGAGUGCCUGGAUACAGGCCUUAGCCGUGGUAUAUUGGCCAUAUACCAUAAACCCCAGAGGUGCCUUAUUGCUAUUAUAAACUGGUUACCAACAUAAUUAGAACAGUAAAAAUAAAUGUUUUGUCAUACCCGUGGUAUACCACGGCUGUCAGCCAAUCAGCAUUCAGGGAUCGAACCACCCAGUUUAUACUGUUAUUUAGAGAGCUCCAAACUUUACUGCUUCACUUUGUUAUUUCUGUGGUUCUGUGGUAGAGGGUAGAGUGGGUUUGUCGUGCUGAGAGUAGGGGGCAGUGAGAGAGAGUGUGUGUGUGUCGUUAUGAGUUAGUGUGGGUGUUAAUGAGUUUAGAUGAUUCGGGCGUUUUGGGUUUUAAUAUUAUAUUGCAUUAGCUUGUGAUGAUGAGAUGAGAGCUCCUUGUACGUCUGAGUGAUUUGGACUGAGGGCGUUCAGAUUCAAUUUCACCCAUUAGAUUACAAGUCAAAGCCUGAAGUCUAAAGCACAGACACAGAUCUGUAUUUAUUAGUUAUUAUAGAAUGAGGGAGGGAGGAAGGGAAGGAGAGAGAGGGGGAGGAGAGAGAAAGCAAUAGAGAGAGAGAGGGAGGAAAGAGAGAGGAAAAAAGUCUCUAUAUAUUCCUCAAACUCCUUCCCGUUAGCAGGUGUUUUGUUUUUCCUUCAUGAUCCCCCACUGAGAUGUGUGUGUCUGUGUGUAUCUCCCACACACUCGCACAGCAGGAUUCCCCUUAAACUGCUAAUUAGGUUAACUCUGCGCCGUGUCUCCAGUAUCUGUAACAUAAAUUGGUUGGCCUGCUGCCCCGGUGUCACACCACCGUCUACUCUACAGUCACCUCAUAUCCUGUCUGUGGCCGUGUUGUCAUUACAGCCUUUUGUCAUUUGCUGUGGCAGUUUCCACUGCUCUUCGACAUUUUGGAAUGUUCUUUGUUGCCAUUGAGUGGUCUCAGUAAACAACUAUGAAAAAUCUAAAAGUCCCUCCCUCCCUCCCUCCAGUGGAUCUGUUGGAUCUGAAUGUGGCCCAGAGCACCUUCGAGCAGCACAAGCUUACCCAGAAUGCCCAGCUGCUGACGGUGCCUGACGUCAUUAACUGUCUGACGUCCAUCUACGAUGGGCUGGAGCAGCAGUACAAGGACCUGGUCAAUGUUCCGCUGUGUGUCGACAUGUGUCUCAACUGGCUUCUCAAUGUAUAUGACACGUACGUGGACACACACAAACACACACACACACACCUUGUAGAAGUCAUUUUCUCUCGUAAAAAAAAUACAUUAAAAUGGUCCACUGUGUGUGUGUUUCCUCUAUAGUGGACGCAGUGGGAAGAUCCGUGUCCUGUCCAUGAAGAUAGGAUUGCUCUCGCUCUCCAAGGGCCAUCUGGAGGAGAAAUACAAAUGUAAGUACCAAACAUCCCACAAAAACCCUUUCACACACAUAGCAUACACAGAAACACUCACACACUGAAGUGAAUAAAUAAUACAACUUUAUCAAUCUCUGAUAGACUUAAAUCACACUUUGACACACACACACACACUGAGGUGAAUUGAGAACAGCCCCAAUGCCAGGCUGUAAUCCCAGCUCAGUUACCCAGGGUGCCGAUCGGCUGCACCGUGUCAGAGGACGCCAGUGAAUGGCCCAUCUAAUUGGAUGUGAGACCUCCCAUUUGUUUUGUAUUUUAUUGUAUUUAUUUAUUUUGUUUCAUUGCACGGGACUUAGGGAUGUGGCUAGGGCUGCUGCACUCGGGGAGUACGCUUUGUCGUUUCAGAAAACAUGCGUUCUGUCCUCACUUUGUUCCCUUGGUCCUCUCAUUUUCUCCUCUCGCUCUGUUCUCCCCUUCUAUCUCUUCCCUCUCCCUCUCUACCUUUCCUCUCUCUGUCCUCUCCCUCCAUAGUUUCCUUCUCUACCCCUCCUGUGACGUGGAGUCUGUCCCUGAGCCUAUUCGUUCCACUGGCAAUUUCUAUUAGUCUCAAAAAGAGAUCAAGCAUGGUUGGGCGAGUCCCUCUCGUUUAGGGUCACAUUGGUUGUCAGGCCCAGACACCCAUCCACAGCAACUCACUAAAUCACCAGUAGCACAAUCCACCACUGCAAAAUAGAACCCAGCUACAUAGCAAUUUGACUCUCAAUUUGAUACCUUGUGUAUAUAUCAAUUAUAAUUGUAGGGCAGGACGUUUGAGUCAGAGUAGAAAUAUUAAGAAAGUCUGGGGCUCAUAUGAUUUGGAGUUUCAUGACAACGAUGUCCUACGUAGUGGCUAUAAAGGCUUAUGAAGCUGAUACGCAUUGCUGCUCAUGGUUGAAUAAGUAUGCCCGGCUCAUACUCUAGGGAAGUGCACUAUCGAAGAACUGCCAUCGCUACUCAAGGAGACGUGGAGGCAGGUUCACAAACACACACACACAGAGAGUAUUGAAAGAACAGCCAUAGUUACUUAACUUAAUGCAAGCUGACAUCAAGGCUGGUUUGUGCACAUGCAGACACUUGCAUGCACGCACACACACAUGCACGGUAUCAUAGAAUCGCCAUUACCACUCCACUUAAGGAGAGCUGACAUCAAGGCAGGGUCUCACACAGAGAUCAAAGACAUCACCAGGCAGAUAGGCGAGUCACACCCCACCCCCCCGCUCUCGAUCGCCUUUCUCACUCUCUACUGUCUUCUUUCUCUCUCUCAAUCGUUCUUGCCGGCUAUACUGCAUCCCUGUCUUUUCUCGCUCUCUCCAGCUCUCUCUCUCGCUCUCUCGAUCUCUCAAUUCAAUUCAAAGGGCUUUAUUGGCAUGGGAAACAUAUGUUUACAUUGCCAAAGCAAAUGGUAUAGACAAUAAACUAAAGAGAAAUAAACAAGGGAAACAUUAGUCAACAUUACACCCACAAAAGUUUUUAAAGAAUACAGACAUUUCAAAUGUUAUAUUAUGUACAGUGUUGUAACAAUGUGCAAGUAGUUGAAGUAUGAAAGAGAAAAUAAAUAAACAGAUACAUUUAGGUUGUAUUUACAAUGUUGUAUAAUUUGUAUUUUGUAUUUUUUGGGGGGGUCGAUCAGCUUUAAUAUUGCAGAUAGAUUGUGGCUUCCAUCAAUGUAAUUGUCUGCAUCAUUUCCAAUAUAUAUUUUGUAAAUGUAUAUAUAAUAUAUAUAUAUAUAUAUUUUUUUUCCUUUAUUAUUUCCCCCUAACCUUACCACCCCUCCCCUAAUUGAAGUAAACAAUGUUGUUUGUGCUCCACUGGUUGCCCUUUUCUCAUGGCAACAGGCCACAAAUCUUGCUGCUGUGACUGCACACUGCAGUAUUUGGCCUAACAGAUAUGGGAGUUCAUCAAUGUUUGUCUCUCUCUCUCUCUCUCUCUCUCUCUCUCUCUUUAUCCUAUCUGUGAGUAACAAGGCAGAAAGAGCCCUGACAAGAAUCAACUGAGCUGUUGCAUUCAAUUUUGGUUUUGUUUUGUUUUACGACUUAAACAAAAAUAUAGUGUGUGUACGUCUAGACGAGAGGUUUCCCUUCUCAACGAUGGGCAGAUGCCCUGUCAUACCCUCAGAGCAGGGGUUGAUGGGGAAUUGAUUGCUCUCCUGUGAUAGUUGAGGAGAUAAGCGAUUACAGAGACAGAGGGUAAAAUAGGGAUAGAGGGAGGGGAAGAGCGAGAGGGAGGGCGGGAGAGAGGGAGGGCGGGAGAGAGGGAGGGCGGGAGAGAGGGAGGGCGGGACUGUCGAUUCCUCUGGGUUGUAUUCUGACAGGGUUGCUCAGCUCACCAGGACUCCUCUACUCUAUCUUCUCCUCCCUGAGCUCUGAUAGAUGACUACCCACAUAGGGCUAUUAAUACACACACACAACACGCUGACUCAUACAACAUACUCACUGAUAAAGAGUGACAGUGGAGGCUUGGAUGAAAAACUGUAUUUGUGUAGUCUCACCCCCCCCUCCCCUUCUCUCUUCCCCUUCUCUCUCUCUCUCUCUCUCUCUCUCUCCUCCAGACCUGUUCAGUCAGGUGGCGUCGUCGGGGGAUACGUGUGACCAGAGACAGCUGGGUCUGCUGCUCCACGACGCCAUCCAGAUACCACGGCAGCUGGGAGAGGUCGCCGCCUUCGGAGGGAGCAACAUUGAACCCAGCGUCCGGAGCUGCUUCCAGCACGUAUGUAUACACACACACAAGCGUUCACACACACAGCAACACAUUGUGUUUAUUGACACACACACACCUUGUAUUAUUGCGGUUGAAAGUACCAUAACGUUGUCACUAUAGCCACUAUAACCAAUAUGGCCAACUAUGAACGUUCAAAUGCAAGGUUGGCUGGUCCCUGUCCUUGGGUUCACAUUGCAUUUUUCUAUUUUCCCUGACUCGUGUUUCGUCAGUCAUAAAUUCAGUGGCGGCAUUAAAUUAGGAAGCAGUAAAUUUCCCUGAUUUCGCCACUCGGGCUCCUAAAAUAGCAUGGUGAUGGAGCUCGGCUGACAUUGGGAAUGUCACACAGAGUUUAACAGUUUAACAGGAGCCACUACCAACCUGUCUUUACAGUCCCUUCUCCUGUCGCUUCACCACUCUUAUCUACCUACAACCUUCUCUUUCCUUUAUCUCCCCCCAUUUCACACACACAUACAUUUUUUAAAUAUAUUUUUUUAUUUAACUAGGCAAGUCAGUUAAGAACAAAUUCUUAUUGAUGGCCUACACCGGCCAAACCGGGACGACGCUGGGCCAAUCGUGCGCUGCCCUAUGGGACUCCCAAUCACAGCCGGUUGUGAUACAGCCUGGAAUCGAACCAGGGGGUCUGUAGUGACGCCUCAAGCACUGAGAUGCAGUGCCUUAGACCGCUGCGCCACUCGGGAGUCCAUUAACAUUAACACACACAUACACACACACACAUACACUAACACACACAUCCACACCACCAUUACAUUUACAUUUACGUCAUUUAGCAGACGCUCUUAUCCAGAGCGACUUACAGUUAGUGCAUACAUUAUUCUUUUUAAUUUUCAUACCCCAUGGGAAUCGAACCCACAACCCUGGCGUUGCAAACGCCAUGCUUUACCAACUGAGCUACCUCCCUGCCGGCCAUUCCCUCCCCUACCCUGGACGACGCUGGGCCAAUUGUGCGCCGCCCCAUUGGUCUCCCGGUUGCGGCCGGCUACAGCAGAGCCUGGAUUCGAACCAGGAUCUCUAGUGGCACAGCUAGCACUGCGAUGCAGUGCCUUAGACCACUGCGCCACUCGGGAGACGAGUGAUAUUCACGGCACAAUUCCUAAUGCAUUACAGGCAGACGGUUGAUGGUUGACUGAUGACUGACCUCCCUGUAUCAGCCAGAAAGUGCAGAGCAGUCACCCACACAUUUGGUUUAAUGGGGCAGUAAUGAACGAGGUGGGGGCCCAUAAAUACGGCCUGUUUUACGGUCCUCAACCUCACUCCUCACUCCCUUUCGCCAUCCAUCCAUCCUCCUCCCUCCAAGGGGUAAUUGAUCUGUAACUGCCGUAACUCUGCCACCUAGACGAUGUGAGGGGACAGGAGGGGAGGGAGACAGGUGGAGGAGAGAGGAAGAGAAGAGAGGGAGGAAGAUUUAGGGAAGUAUAGGUGGAGGUGUCUGCUCUCUGGCUCUAUGCCUUGACACUCCAGAGCUGGUUCUUCAUGUCUCCAUCUGUCUGUGUGUGUGAUCUCAGGGUUCUAUGACUUCUAUCUGACAUUUAGCCCUAACAGAGCUAGAGGUCACAGAACAGACACACACACACACAGGGAUAGGUUUUCAACAUUCCCCUCUUUGACCCAAGCCAUGUUGAUUCUCAGUGCGUGUUUGCAGUGUGUGUGCAUGCGAGCAUGUUGUGACCUGUGGACAAUUUCUUCCUCGAGUCCCAAGAGUUCCCUCUCAGAAUGUUUACUCAAUGACCUUUGUGGGUAGCCGUGGCAACUGAAAGGUCAGAUGUGUGGGCUGUGUUUUGUACAGCAGCCGUCUUGAGGUGUAAAGGGAUUUAAUACCCACUAUAGGUUCCUAAACUUUUUCACACGGGCCCCCUUUCCAGCAUUGGGGAACAUCCCGCGCCGUCUAUUUCUAUGGGCACAAACACAGUUCAUGACACAAACUGUUCACACACAUCUUGUUGGUGGAGAGAAUUUUGUAGGUUUAAAGCUUAUUUCCUGCAAUUCUACAAAUGUUGUCAUGGGGUGCCAUGAAAAUCUUGCCAUUUUAAAGCACAUGUUCUUGCACUUCUAUAAAUUCUCCAUGUCUGAUGUGUAUUCAUGUGAUAUUUGAGUGACUAAAAAAUUACAACUAAAUCUAUGGGCUAAAAUCCCUUGCUAAAAAAACGUUAGCUGACAUGGGCUAGUUGAUCUGGACAUUUCUGACAAGUUAUAAAUAGCUCUCUAAGGUAUGCAAUGACUUACAUGACAAGAGGAACUGAUGAUGCAUUACCUUGUGCAUUCUACUAUAACAACUUUCAAGAGUAAGUUUAAAGCCGGACUGAGUUCCUUUAAAACAUUUAUUUAUUUAUUUUUUGUUGCCGGGAUGUCACGUGCAUCACACUUAUAUCAGUACACUCGUAACAACCGAAGAAUUACGAAACUUCAAAACUUCUGUUAGAUCAAAUAAGCCUCACGUAUCAAAAUAGCAAUUAAUUUUCAUCUUGAAUAAAUUCGACAAUCUCUCAUUCCACCCAUACAAAAACUCCUCACUUAGUAAUUAAUGACCUGCUUAACAUGGACAGAUUCUGGGCGGAGUAAACCCUCUCACUUUGUCUCUUCCUCUCUGGUAUAGUGAACUACUUUUGAUAUGGGCCCUGGUCAAAAGUAGUGCACUUUAUUUAAGGAAUAGCGUGCCAUUUCGGACGCAGCCUAGUAGUUGAAUUGACUUUGAUUUGACACCCGCAUUUCUUCUUUCCUCUUCCUGUCCAGGUGACCAAUAAGGUGGAGCUGGAGCCCAGGCAGUUUGUUGAUUGGAUGAGGCUGGAGCCCCAGUCUAUGGUAUGGCUUCCUGUGCUACACAGAGUGGCGGCUGCUGAGACCGCCAAGCACCAGGCCAAGUGUAACAUCUGUAAAGAGUGCCCCAUUGUAGGGUUCAGGUAAACACACACACUUAGACCCACGUACGCACGAAUGUGCACACACACACACUCACACACAGCAACUUUGCGUUCAACGUUAGCUCCUUAACACACACUUUCAUACAGAGCAAGAGAAGCUGUACAUUGAAUACACCCACCCACACACACAUUUUCUAAUGCUCACACACACCCACCCAACACACACUCACACACACAGGGGAUUGAUGGUGUGCUGGUCUCCCUGCUCUGAGUGAAGCAGAAAGGGCAGGCCUGCUCCGGAGGGCAGGCAUUUAUCUAAAUGUCAGCAGCUGAUACACUCCUGACUAAAUACCGUCUGGAGAAGGACGUCUAGAAUCACGCACGCACGCAUACACACACACACACACACAAAGGGACGUCCACUGGGUACUGGGGGUUAGGGUCUCAAAGACUCUCACUGCUUUCUCUCUCUUUCUCUCGCUAUCUCUGUCUCUCUCUGUCUCUCUCUCUCACACACACACACACACCACCUUCUGACAUAAUGUCAGAAGAGUUCAUUAGAAUCACACUCUUAUGAUUAAACAGACCUCAGAUAUCCACAGGCUAAACACAAUAUUGUUUAGGGGUAUGAUAUCAGUCACCAUGCUAACCAGAGCCUAGUGUCUAGUGUAAUGUUUAUCUCUGGUCCCUCACUAAGUAGUUACACCAGCUAGAGAAUGUCUGACAGAAAUACCAGCAGACAUUUGACAGAACACAAGCUUUUAGAGGUCUGUCAUUGAUCGAAGGUAAGGAGGGAUAGAAAGAGAGGGCAAGUAGGAAGAGAGACAGGGUAAGGAGAGAGAGAGAGAUAGAGAGAGAAAGCUGAAAAAAUGUGGAUUGAAUAGUGUUGCACAGUCUAGACUUGAGGUUCCCAAUGGCCAACACCCUAUUCUAAAGCAGAGCUGGUUAUCCAGUGAUAAUGCAAAGUAGAAUAUACACUGAGUGUACAAAACAUGAACACCUUUCAAUGACAUAGACUGACCAGUUAACUUGUUAAAUCCACUUCAAUCAGUGUAGAUGAAGGGGAGGAGACAGGUUAAAGAAGGAUUUUUAAGCCUUGAGACAAUUAAGACAUGGAUUGUGUAUGUGUGGCAUUCAGAAGGUGAAUGGGCAAGACAAAAUAUUUAAGUGCCUUUGAACGGGGUAUGGUAGUAGGUGCACUCAACAGUUUCCCUUGUGUAUCAAGAAUGGUCCACCACCCAAAGGACAUCCAGCCAACUUGGCACAACUGUGGGAAGCAUUGGAGUCAACAUGGGCCAGCAUCCCUGUGGAACGCUUUCGACACCUUGAAGAGUCCAUGCCCCAACGAAUUGAGGCUGUUCUGAGGGCAAAGGGGGGUGGAGGGGUGCAACUCAAUAUUAGGAAGGUGUUCUUAAUGUUUUGUACACUCAGUGUAGAUCCCAUAGUCAUUAAUUAGUGGCCGUCUGUGUCAAGGCUAAUGAAAGAUGUCUGUGUAGUAAUACGCUGCAUGUUGCUGUGUAAUGGGGCGUGGGACGUGGGGUGUACUGUGCUCUACUGUCUGAUGUAUUGCUAUGGGCUCUGUCAUCAAUCAGAUUACCUUAGAGAGAGAGAGAGCGACCGCUCUCAACGAGCUGUAUAAGGCCAUAAGCAAAAAAUGCUCAUCCAGAAGUGGCGCUCCUAGUGGCCGGGACUUUAAUGCAGGCAAACUUACAUCCGUUUUACCUCAUUUCUACCAGCAUGUCACAUGUGCAACCAGAGGAAAAAAAACUCUAGACCACCUUUACUCCACACACAGAGACGGAUACAAAGCUCUCCCUCACCCUCCAUUUGGCAAAUCUGACCAUAAUUCUAUCCUCCUGAUUCCUGCUUACAAGACAAAUCUAAAGCAGGAAGUACCAGUGACUCGCUCAAUAAGGAAGUGGUCAGAUGACGCGGAUGCUAGCUAUAGGACAGUUUUGCUCGCACAGACUGGAAUAUGUUCCGGGAUUCAUCCAAUGGCAUUGAGGAGUAUACCACCUCAGUCACCGGCUUCAAUAAGUACAUCGACGACAUCGUCCCCACAGUGACCGUAUGUACAUAUCCCAACCAGAAGCCAUGGAUUACAGGCAACAUCCGCACCGUGCUAAAGGCUAGAGCUUCCGCUUUCAAGGAGCGGGACACUAAUCCGGACGCUAAUAAGAAAUCCCGCUAUGCCCUCAGACGAACCAUCAAACAGGCAAAGUGUCAAUACAGGACUAAGAUUGAAUCCUACUACACCGGCUCUGAUGCUCGUCGGAUGUGGCAGGGCUUGCAAACUAUUAUGGACUACAAAGGGAAACCCAGCCACGAGCUGCCCAGUGAUGCAAGCCUACCAGACGAGCUAAAGGCCUUUUAUGCUCGCUUCAAGGCAAGCAACACUGAAGCAUGCAUGAGAGCACCAGCUGUUCCAGACGACUGUGUGAUCACGUUCUCCGUAGCCGAUGUGAGCUAGACCUUUAAACAGGUCAACAUUCACAAGGCCGCGGGGCCAGACGGAUUACCAGAAUGUGUACUCAGAGCAUGCGCGGACCAACUGGCAAGUGUCUUCACUGACAUUUUCAACCUCUCCCUGACCGAGUCUGUAAUGCCUACAUGUCCCUGUGCCCAAGAAUGCGAAGGUAACCUAAAUGCCUAAAUGACUACCGCCCCGUAGAACUCACGUUGGUAGCCAUGAAGUGCUUUGAAAGGCUGGUCAUGGCUGACAUCAACACCAUCAUCCCAGAAACCCUAGACCCACUCCAAUUCACAUACCGCCCCAACAGAUCCACAGAUGACGCAAUCUCAAUCGCACUCCACACUGCCCUUUCCCACCUGGACAAAAGGAAUACCAAUGUGAGAAUGCUGUUCAUUGACUACAGCUCAGCGUUCAACACCAUAGUGCCCACAAAGCUCAUCACUAAGCUAAGGACCCUGGGACUAAACACCUCCCUCUGCAACUGGAUCCUGGACUUCCUGAUGGGCCGCCUCCAGGUGGUAAGGGUAGGUAACAACACAUCUGCCACGUUGAUCCUCAACACGGGGGCCCCUCAGGGGUGCAUGCUUAGUCCCCUCCUGUACUCCCUGUUCACCCACGACUGCGUGGCCAAACACGACUCCAACACCAUCAUUAAGGUUGCUGACGACACAAUAGUGGUAGGCCUGAUCACCGACAACGAUGAGACAGCCUAUAGGGAGGAGGUCAGAGACCCGGCAGUGUGGUGCCAGGACAACAACCUCUCCCUCAACGUGAGCAAGACAAAGGAGCUGAUCGUGUACUACAGGAAAAGGAGGGCCGAACACGCCCCGAUUCACAUCGACGGGGCUGUAGUGGAGAGGGUCGAGAGUUUCAAGUUCCUUGGUGUCCACAUCACCAACAAACUAUCAUGGUCCAAACACACCAAGACAGUCGUGAAGAGGGCACAACAACACCUUUUCCCCCUCAGGAGACUGAAAUGAUUUGGCACAGGUCCCCAGAUCCUCAAAAAGUUAUACAGCUGCACCAUCAAGAGCAUCCUGACCGGUUGCGUCACCGCCUGGUAUGGCAACUGCUCGGCAUCUGACCGUAAGGCCCUACAGAGGGUAGUGCGUACGGCCCAGUACAUUACUGGGGCCAAGCUUCCUGCCAUCCAGGACCUCUAUACUAGGCGGUGUCAGAGGAAGGCCCAAAAAAUGGUCAAAGACUCCAGUCACCCAUGUCAUAGACUGUUCUCUUUGCUGCUGCACGGCAAGCGGUACCGGAGCGCCAAGUCUAGGUCCAAAAGGCUCCUUAACAGCUUCUACCCACAAACCAUAAUUAAACUAUAUUUCUUGAACUGCAUUGUUGGUUAAGGGCUUGUAAGUAAUCAUUUCACUGUUGUAUUCGGCGCAUGUGACAAAUAUUCUUUGAUUUUAUUUGAUUAUAUUGCCUGAAUUCUGCCCAUCUCAAUUUAUGGAUGUCUUUUAUAUUCUGUUUUGAGCACGAUGAUAAGGUGCAUUGGGAUAGAGCUGCAGGUGUCAUUCAGAAUUUUAGACCGUGGGUUUGGGUGUGUAUGUGUGCUCCAUUUUGAUCUUCACAGAGGAAUUGGCGAGAAAAAGUGGUGACAGAAAAUCGGUAGCUCCCUGUGAGGCCCUGGAAUAGCCAAGUUGAGAGCAGGACACACACACGUAUGUGAGAGACAUGCAAGAGAAAUUGAGAAAUCUCAUCACACUUUAUUCUCUUAUUUCUCUACUCUCUCUCUCUCUCUCUGUCUCGAUCGAAUCAAGGUGGCUAUAUUCACGUCAGGAAUUUAGUGAAAAGUGUCAGCCUAUUUCCAACACACCUCCUUGUUAUUGCAUUUCCAUUUUCAUUUUUUGAUUGCAUUCAGUAGCGUCUAUGAAUCAAAUGAUUAUGAAGACAGAAAUGUAUGAAAGCGUGUAUUCUUAUUUUAAAUGUAUGUAGUUCUGUCCUUGUGAUGUACUUGUCUAUUAAUGUUAUGUAUUAUGUCAUGUCUCAUGUUUUGUGUGAACCCCAGUAAGAGUAGCUAAUGGGGAUCCUAAUAAAAUACUAAUACUAUCCAUUUCCCUUCAUCCCUAGGUAUCGCAGUCUGAAGCACUUUAAUUAUGACGUGUGUCAGAGCUGCUUCUUCUCUGGACGAACCGCUAAGGGCCACAAGCUCAACUACCCCAUGGUGGAGUACUGCACGCCGGUGAGGAACACACACACAUACUCACACACACACACACACACACACACACACACACACACACACACACACGCACACACACACACACACACACACACACACACACACACACACACACACACACACACACACACACACACACACGCACCUCUGUGCCACCUUAUUCUCCAAAUCACUGAUUUCUGAAACUUGUCCUGCCUUCUACAUCAACUUCUUCAGGAGCCCGGAACGCAAAUUGGAUUCGACCGAGCGAACAGUAAAAGACUUCUGUUCUUUGAGCUGUUUAUAAUUUCUGAAAGGCAUUUUUCACACACUAUGAUUGAGUGACAGUUUCAGGUGAGAGGGAGGGAGGGGAUUUGCAGAAAUUGAACAGUCUUCUCUUUUUAGAUUAGUAGAGCUCACGCACAGCGUUGGAAUAUUGCUGAAUGUCACACUUCGACUGGUAGGGGAAUAUGUUUAUUUUCUUUUGGUGAUUUAAUUUAGUUUUUCAAUCUCCAAAUGUGAUAGCCUGGAUAUUGAUACAGACCACCAGCCACGAGGAACAGCAAUCACUCCUGUCCUGGCUAUGUAAUGCUAGCUGCCUCCAGUGACUGUGGGAUGAAAACGUUAUACAAGUCAUGUUUAAGCAUGGGCAAAUAAUAUUAUAGCUUUCAGUUAUGAAGCAGAAAGUCAAACUGCAAUGUCAGACUCCUCACCCAUACACAAUCAGGCCUUUCUGUUUCUGACUUAGACCCAUUUCAGACAGAUUAUAGUAUAUUAUAUUCAUGCCGUCCCUGGGAGGGGUGCGUCACUUGAGUGGGUUGAGUUACUGACGUGAUCUUCCUGUCUGGGUUGGCGCCCCCCCCCUUGGUUUGUGCUGUGGUGGAGACCUCUGUGGGCUAUACUCGGCCUUGUCUCAGGAUUGUAAGUUGGUGGUUGGGGAUAUCCCUCUAGUGGUGCGGGGGCUGUGCUUUGGCGGAGUGGGUGGGGUUAUAUCCUUCCUGUUUGGCCCUGUCCGGGGGUUUCUUCGGAUGGGGCCACAGUGUCUCCGGACCGCUCCUGUCUCAGCCUCCAGUAUUUAUGCUGCAGUAGUUUAUGUGUCGGGGGGCUGGGGUUAGUUGGUUAUACCUGGAGUACUUCUCCUGUCUUAUCCAGUGUCCUGUGUGAAUUUAAGUAUGCUCUCUCUAAUUCUCUCGUUCUCUCUUUCUCUCUGAGAACCUGAGCCCUAGGACCAUACGUCAGGACUACCGGGCAUGAUGACACCUUGCUGUCCCCAGUCCGCCUGGCCUUGCUGCUAUUCCAGUUUCAACUGUUCUGCCUGCGGCUACGAAACCCCUACCUGUCCCAGACCUGCUGUUUUCAACUCUUAAUGAUCGGCUAUGAAAAGCCAACUGAGAGACCUGAGCCCUAGGACCAUACGUCGGGACUACCGGCCGUGGUGACUCCUUGCUGUCCCCAGUCCGCCUGGCCUUGCUGCUAUUCCAGUUUAAACUGUUCUGCCUGCGGUUAUGGAACCCCUACCUGUCCCAGACCUGCUGUUUUCAAACUCUUAAUGAUCGGCUAUGAAAAGCCAACUGAGAUUUAUUCCUGAUUAUUAUUUGACCAUGCUUGUCACUUAUGAACAUUUUUGAACAUCUUGGCAUGGUUCUGUUAUAAUCUCCACCCGGCACAGCCAGAAGAGGACUGGCCACCCCUCAUAGCCUGGUUCCUCUCUAGGUUUCUUCCUAGGUUUUCGCCUUUCUAGGGAGUUUUUCCUAGCCACCGUGCUUCUACACCUGCAUUACUAGCUGUUUGGGGUUUUAUAUUACCUGUAAAAAAUAUUAGCCAAUGUUUAUAGGACCCCCCUUCAAACAACCCCUUAUUUACCACUUUUAUUUUACGUAUACACCUUUUAUACAUAUCAGUGGGUAACUGGCAAAUUGGGAGGGGUGGGGUCAGUGGGUUGUUGUUAAACAAUGGGGGCUGUUUGCAUUUCAAAUGAGGGAGGUGUUAAACAAUGGAAGUGUUAAUUAAUUGACCUGCAAAAAAGUAGAGAACCAUUUACACAAACCUGAUACCUGUAUUUUGGUUACAGGGUCUGUGAAAAUGCAGGAAUCAUGACUAGGUCUUUAGGUGGUUUUUAUUUUUCCUUUUUUUACCACCCCUUUCAGAUAAAAUGCAGGCAAAAAGAAGCAGGCAUGGUAAAUGAGUGAGAUUUCGGUCUGUGUAUGAAAGGGAUAUUAGUGUAAGCUAUUAAAUUGAUGAGUUUGAAAUUGUGGAUUCUUGGCUGUCUGAACCAUUUUACUGGAGAAGACCUAACAAAACAGUGACGUUACACCUUUGAUUCUCACUGUUACUUCAGAACCACAGUCCACUUGGAGGAAUAAAUACUUUAUUACACACCAUGUGUUGAAUAGAGAUACUCUUUUAUUAAAUGAAAUCAAACUUAUUUCCUCAGAGAGUAGCCCCUCUCUAAACCAACAAUAGCACAUUUACAAUACCCUCUCUUCCACACAGAAACAAAACACAUUUGAUGGUACUUUAAUGUCUCCAAAAAGGAUAAAGUACAUAUUAAUACUAAGGCACAGCAGAUGCCUAGGACCAUAACCUGAUUUAGGAGGUAAAGAUCAAUAUGAUGCUGUGUAAAAUGGGGCCGCCGUGGGUCCCAUUGCAGUCAUUUUAGAAACAUUUUCUCAUAUCAGUCCCACUGUUUAUUUGAUGUGCACAAUAUUGCUUUUUCAUUUGAUUGUUCCCACAUUGCUAGUAUUAAUUAUUCAGCAAAAACAUGGUAGAAUAAAUUGUGUGCUGUGGUCUAUUCGGUCUUCCGAAGUAGUUGUUUGGGCACAAGUUUGACAAGUCUCUAUUGUGAUUUUACGGACUCUUCUCUAGCCCAGUAGCCUACCUGCCACAACACACUACUCAAGCUCCACACACAAACCUUCCUUCUCAAGUACUGAGAUGUCUCUUUCUCUCUCUCUCUCUCUCUCUCUCUCUCUCUCUCUCUCUCUCUCUCUCUCUCUCUCUCUCUCUCUCUCUCUCUCUCUCUCUCUCUCUCUGGGUGUGUUGUGGUCUACAUAUUAGUUGAAAGCCGUAUGAACUCAUUAGAAUGUGUGUGUUCCUUUGCGUCACAGUGUGUUUAUGUGUGUUCCCCUGCUUCGGUGUGUGUUUGCAGAAGUUGAAUCUCCCUAGCUGUUCCCUGAAUCCUAGGAAGAACAAUUCCUCUUUAGGUCAGGGCACUGUGGUAAUUUGACUUUCACUGGCAAAGCAGAAUCCGCCACUCUCUGAGAAUGUAUUUGCUAAUGAACUCCUUCUUAUAAACUUUCUCACCCCUUUCUCACUCUUCCAGACUACUUCGGGUGAGGACAUGCGUGAUUUCACCAAGGUGCUGAAAAACAAGUUCCGCUCCAAGAAGUACUUUGCCAAGCACCCCCGGCUGGGCUACCUACCGGUCCAGACGAUUCUAGAAGGAGACAAUAUGGAGACGUAAGUACCUGGGAGGAAGGGGGUUGUUGUGUUGCCUGGGUGAGCCCUCUAUCAACACUUUAAUUUACACUUCCGGUCUGUAAACCGUUAUACCCCCUGGCAUACUCAGGCCAUAUAUCUCCUGUGUUGCACAGAGCUGCUGCUCUACUUUGGAGUGAGUCUGUCUCGAUUUACACCGGUCGCCCGCUCAGACACACA